UUUUCCAAAUCCGUUUUGUUCACCCGGUGGCCUUUUUUCCUCUCCUUUGGAUGGCGAAGGCGGCCUCGGCGACGGAUCGGAGCGGCUCUCGGGGGCGAUGAGCGCCCCGCGUCCGCCUGGGGGCGUUUAAGAAAACGACAUGGAAGUGGUUGGAAAAUUUGAGUUCAGCAGGAAAGAUCUGAUCGGGCAUGGGGCUUUUGCUGUGGUGUUCAAAGGCAGGCACCGAGAGAAACCUGAUGUAGAGGUGGCCAUAAAAUGCAUUAACAAGAAAAACUUGGCAAAAUCCCAGACCCUCUUGGGGAAAGAAAUCAAGAUACUAAAGGAACUGAAACAUGAUAACAUUGUCGCUUUGUAUGACUUCCAGGAGAUGGCAAACUCCGUUUAUUUAGUGAUGGAGUACUGCAAUGGUGGCGAUCUGGCAGAUUACUUGCACAGCAUGAGAACGCUCAGCGAAGACACGAUCCGUCUCUUUUUCCAGCAAAUUGCAGGCGCCAUGAAGGUCUUGCAUAGCAAAGGGAUCAUCCACCGGGAUCUGAAGCCCCAGAAUAUUCUCCUUUCCUUCACGGGGGGCAAGAAGUUGAACCCUAAUAAUAUCCGCAUCAAAAUCGCUGAUUUUGGAUUUGCACGGUACCUGCAGAACAAUAUGAUGGCGGCAACACUAUGUGGAUCUCCCAUGUACAUGGCCCCAGAAGUCAUUAUGUCCCAACAUUACGAUGCCAAAGCUGAUCUGUGGAGUAUCGGAACGAUUAUCUACCAGUGCCUGACGGGAAAAGCACCUUUUCAGGCGAGCAGUCCUCAAGACCUGCGUCUCUUCUACGAGAAAAACAAGACACUCGUGCCAAACAUCCCGAGGGAAACUUCGGCCCAUUUGAGACAACUGCUGUCAGGGCUGUUGCAACGAAAUCACAAAGACCGCAUGGAUUUUGACGAAUUUUUCCACCACCCUUUCUUGGAUGCCAGUGCCUCUAUGAAAAAAUCUGCUUCUGUGCCAAUGCCUUCUUAUCCAAGCUCAGGUUCAGGGAGUUCCUCCAGCAGUUCUUCCACCUCCCACUUAGCGUCACCUCCCUCCCUUGGUGAGAUGCCUCAUCAUCUCCAGGAGAAGACUUCAGCCUCUCCCCCGCAGGGCUCCCCCGCUUUCCUCCACCGGUCAAAGGAAUCAGCGGGAAGCAGCAGCAAAAAUUCAUCAUGUGACACCGAUGACUUUGUAAUGGUGCCAGCCCAGUUUACAAGUGAUAUAGCUGUGGAGGCUACUGCAGGGAAACCGAUCCAGGACAGUCUGAUGGGGAGCGGGAGCUCCCUGGUGACUUCUGCAGAUUUGGAAAGCCAUGGAAGGACUCCUUCUCCUUCCCCUCCAUACAGCAGUUCUCCUAGCCCAUCUGGGCGAUCAAGCCAAUUUUCAUCCAGCCCUCGAUACGGACAAUCAGUUCCCAUCCCGGUUCCUACACAGAUCCAAAAUUACCACCGGAUUGAGCAGAAUCUUCAGUCCCCCAAUCAGUAUACUUUGCCACGGUCUAGUACUCUCAAAAGAUCCGGCAGCACGAGUCCACUAGGCUUCCUGAAAGCCAGCCCAUCCCCUCCAUUUUCCACUGGUGACCAUGGAGCAGUACUGUCCCCUAGGAGGUUCUCCUUUGGUGGUGCCAAGCCUUAUACACCUUCCCCACAAGUUGGAACAAUUCCAGAGCAGCCAGACCAGAUGGUUAUCCCUUGUCCUCUCGGAGCAGAGUUGAGAACUCGGGUGCCCAUACCAGAAGCUUCAGGACCAGACCCUUCCCUGCGAGGUCUGGGCUAUCGCCUUCACAGUGCUCCCAACCUCUCUGAUUUUCAUUCCUGCCGGCAAAAAGUCACUAAGCAGUCCUCGGAUCCGCUGGUCGCCCACUUCAGCCCUGUCUCAGCUGGCCAGCCUACACGGCUGCCCAGUCUGCAAUCUGGUCGGCCCCUGCGGUCUUCUCCAAAGCUCUCCGAAUUCAUGCAGAGGACUCCGUUGCCCACCAUUUUGGGUUCUCCAACCAAGGCAAUGUCACCAUUUGAGUUCAGUAAAACGCCUAGUUCCCAAAAUCUGUUUACUCUCCUGGCCCAUCAAGCAGUUGUUAUCACCCCGACGAGGAACAAGACGCUGCCGGAUUUGAAAGAAGUGGGUCACUUCCCCUGCCAACAAGGAGGUCUCAGUUUGAGGCCAAUGGAAGACGGCAAAGGCAGGUCACUCAGCACUGGCCGUCUCACUGAUCUGCUUCUUAAGGCUGCUUUUGGGGAAGCCAGCAACAAUGACAGCCUCAACAGCGAAAAGCCCAUGGAAGUCACAGCUCCUUCCAUAGCCUCUGGAGGGACCCCUCACUUGGGGGCUAGAGAAGGUUGCUCAGGAAGCCCUUCACCAGUGGUCUUCACAGUUGGAUCGCCUCCUGCUGGGACGACACCACCGCAAACCACCCGGACCAGAAUGUAUUCAGUGGGAUCUUCAAGUUCUCUUAGUUCUGGAGGAUCUUUCAGUGGGCGCCACUUAAUUAUGGGAGCUGGUGGGGAAAUCCUUGAAGCCCCAUCAGGUCUCAGAUAUAUGUUGGCUGAUCCGAUUGCUGCCAACCUGGAAGGAGCAGUUACCUUUGAGGCACCCGAGCUACCAGAGGAGACCCUCAUGGAACAAGAGCACACAGACAUCCUGCGCAGCUUGCGGUUCACCCUGGCUUUCGUCCACUAUGUGAUGGAACUCGCCACCAUCAAAGGCAGCGCCAGCGAGAUGACCAGCUCGGUGGCCUCUGAGUACCAGCUUCAAGAGAGCGUUGUUGCUGACCAAAUCAGUUUGCUCAGCAAGGAAUGGAGCUAUGCGGAACAGCUGGUGCUGUAUUUGAAAGUCGCUGAGUUGCUCUCCGCAGGCCUCCAGAUGGCCAUUGACCAGAUCCGGGCAGGCAAGCUGUGUCUCUCCUCCACUGUCAAGCAAAUUGUGAGAAAGCUCAACGAUCUGUAUAAAAGUAGCGUCUCUUCAUGCCAUCAUCUGAACUUAAGGCUACAGAGGUGGUUCAUGGACAAACAGAAGCUGAUGGACCGCAUCAACAGCAUCACAGCUGAAAAACUGAUCUUCAGCCACGCUGUGCAGAUGGUUCAGGCUGCUGCUCUGGAUGAGAUGUUCCAUAAUCAAGAAGACUGUGUUCAAAGAUACCAGAAAGCAUUGCUGUUGAUGGAAGGACUCUUGAACUUCAUCACCGAACAAGGAGAUGUUGAGAACAUCAAUAAAUGUAAAAUGUGCAUUGAACGCCGGCUGUCCAGCUUGCUCUCAGGGAUCUGCGCAUGACAAUAAGCUUUGCUUCUCUUUCCAUGCAGGUAAUUGCUUUGGUUCCUAAAAUGCUUGGAAGUUAAACCCCCACCCUUUUGAAUAAGCCUCAGAUGGGACAACUUCUUGGCAGCCACCAUUGGCUUCCCUGGUUGGCCAUGAAACCUUUCCUGGAUAUCUGUUCCCUUCCUUUCUCUUUUCCAGGCGCAGCAGCUGGUUUCCUGCUAACCUUUUUGCCCCGAUGCAAACUGGGAAAAGGUAGAUACAGAAGGCCUACAUGCCCCACUUUUCCAUCUGGUGGAAGAGGGCUGAGGAAGCCAAGGACCAAACCCCCUUCGUGUCCACUGGUUUUAUUUUUUUCUGAGGAAGAACCGAUGGGGUUAUUGCAAUGCCAUCUUGGCCUCCUAAAUCUGGAGAUACUUUGUCUACUGCUGGCAGUGGACAUCUGGAGGGCUUCUCCGCUGUUGGAAGGAUGAAGCUCAGCCAGGAAGGAACGUCCCUGGUGAAAAGACGUGUUAUUCUACAAAUUUUGUCUGGUUGCCCACUCGGGCCCUGUCCACCAUCCCCCAAUCUCCAUGUACUUGGCUUUCUUCAACAUCACCCAUGCUUCUCAUCUCUCUCUGCAUGGGAAGAAGAAAGAAGAUCUGGAGCUCAGUUUUGCUUGAGCAUACUUCUUCCAUUAGUGCUGGAAACCUGACUUUAUCUCCUCCUGUGGUGGAUGUGAUGGGGCAGAGGACAAAUCCGUAGAAGAACGUAGACCUCCUUAAAGCGGUUGGAGCAAUGCAAUACUAUCUUAAGCUAUCAUGUUCUGUCUCAAGAAGCCAAAACAUCUAGGAUAGAGAUCUUCUACACUCGGGGAAGGGGCAUUAUGCAUGGAAAUGUCCCCCCUUAUCCAGCUGUGAGAAAGCACCUGUUCUGGAGAAACACUGAGCUUUUUCAUCAAUAGCUUUUCUUCCCCGAGGGACAGGAAAAGAGAGGGGGAAAAAAAACCCACAUAUGCAACACACACUAGCUUUGUGAAUCAACGGAGCACUUUAUGGAGAUUAUGAACUCAAUGCUUGUCUACUUGGUCCUCCUGGGAUGUUUUUAGGAUGACUUCCUCCUUUUGACGUUUCCUGCUGUGUGCGGAUUUCAUUGUAGAAGGUUCGUUCGUGUGUGUGUUUUGCUUUUUUUUUUUUAAGAAAUUGCACUACAAGGAUGUGUGAGUGUGUGUGUAUGCCCACACACAUAUUGCUAAGAUCCAAUAUGUAUUUAUGUAUAUAUAUAAUGUAUAGUGUAAUCUUACGUGUUUUAACCGUACUGUAUGUUAGUCUUAGGAGAAGAGGGGAAAAAUCAUCUACGCUUUUUCCUGUUCUGUCUGUAAUCCAGGUUGCUAACCUGAACGUUUUCUAACACCGAUGAUGGUCUGUUUUAUGAUCUCUCUCUCUCUCUCUCUCCUUAAUGGAUAUACUGUUCAAACCAGCAUGGUCUUCAGAAGCUCAAGGACAGGAUUGUGAUGGCUUGUGUAUUUGCAAUUUGCUGGGUUCCCACUCAACCCUCUGUUUUUGCAAAGAAGGUUUUUUAGCUGUCUGUUCUCCCAGUUUAGCAUUUAACUCGUCCUUAUUUCCCACCCCUCCCCUGUUUUUAAAGCAAUGAAGUAGCCAAAAAUGUUAGAGCAUGGUGUGUAUGUUUCUGCAUUUUGGAGUGUGUGUGCGUGUGUGUGCGUGUGGGGUGUACAUGCACAUUUGAACUUGUGAAGGCACCACAGCUGCAAGCAAAUGCUUGAGACACACCAGUGGGCUUUCUCUGCAUUGUGUGUUGUGCUGUUUUGUUGUGUGUUAUUUUUUUUUAAUGGAGGGAUCCAAUGUUCAGUUAAUUUUGUCUGUGCAAAGUGAGAGUGCAUCCUUCUUAAAUAUAACCUAGAUUUCAGUAUUAAUGUUUUUUUCCCCCUUUUCUAAAAUAGAGUCGAUCAAGUUCAUUUGCACACCGCCAGUUGAGAAUCCAUCCUUUAUUUUCUUGUAAGGAACAAUCUUACUGACUUAGAAGCCAGUUUUGUACCUUUUUAAAAAAAAAUGUGUCCAUUUAAUGCAUGAAAAGAAUUUUUUUUAAAAAAACCCCACAUACGCUCAUUUACAUGCAUACAGGAUGGAGUUUUAUACCACCUCUUUCAUGCACCUUUUGUUUAUGGGUUUUCUGACAAUUUGAUCACCUUUAAGCUAGGUAGAAAGAUGAAAUUUUGUAGAGGACCAUCAUAAAGCAGGAAUAUUCUUAUUCCUCCCCCUAAGAUGGAUGGGGGUGAGAGGGAACACUGGCCUGUUUUUGCACAUUAGUCGUCUGAGGCUACCACAGUCUGAUUCCCACUGUGUUUGUGAUACUUGGUUGCUGACUUAUAUAUUGCUGUAUGGAUCUGUUACAUCGUGGCUUGUACCUAUAAUCUCUCUCUCUCUCAAAUCUUCUUGUUUAGCAAUCAGCAUCCCAAGCAAUCAGUUUAUCUGUCCCAGCCCCGCUAAGUAUAAUUCCCAUGAAUGCACAGACAUCUCCUCAAAACAAUUCAUUCUGAUGCUAGCUACCCACAGAAUUUGAGACAAAUCCCAGCAGACAACACCCUUCUCAUGAGCCUGCUCCAAGAUGCGGGGUGGGAAAGAGAUUCCCCUUAUCUUAUUAAGCCCUGUUUUCCUCCAUUAAGUCUCUUUAAAAUUUCUACUAAGGAUUUUUUCCCAUAAGUUAAAAAAAAAACCUAAUGAAGAAAAUAGAGAAGAGGGGAAGAGGGGAAAAAAGAAAGAAAAAAGCAAAGUGCAAAGAAAAAAAAGAAUAUCAAAAAAGAGAGGGAAAUAUCUAAAGAAACUAAAGGAGAUGACUUCCAACCUUCUUUUCAACAGAACUCAACAAACCCAACACCUCCUCUUCUUAACCCAGAAAUCCCUUCAGCCAUUCAUUUGUUGUUUUCAGUCAGUAAAUCACCAUUUCUCUUUUUUCUUCUUUCAGCAAAAAAGUCCAUUAAAGGUCUCCAGUCUUUUAAAAAUAUGCUUAUUGUUUUCUCCCUGAACUACAGCUCAUUUUUGCCCUUUUGGCCAUUUUCUUCCAUUAAGUCUUGUUUUGGGAAUUGUUCUCGGUGUUACCGUAGAAUCACAGAAGGGGACAGUUAAGUGAUCUAAGAUUUCAAGAGAUUUCUGCUCCUGCUUUUAUGGGACACAGCCACCACACCUGCUUUGCAAGAAACAUUGUUUGAAACCGUCACUUCCAUCUGCCAAGUUGCCAGCUUUGCUCUGAGGCUGUAGAUUUCCAAUUUACGUACCCAGCAUUGUUCAACCACUUGGUCUACUCAGUGCUAACUUUCCAGCUAUCCUUAGUGACUUGAAUGCAUCCCAGUUGUCCACCUUAUUCAUUGCUCCAAAAGAAAAAAAAAGGAAAAAAAAUGGUUUACCGAGCUUCGUCCUAUAAAUAUAUACAUAUAUAUAUAUAUAUAUGUGUAUAAAUAAAUAAAUACAUAAAUAUAUAAUAUUUUCUCAAUACUUGAAAUUUAGCCACUGUGCUUGGAUUAAAGAAAAAAAAUAAUAGAAACAAGGCAUUUUUUUAAACGCCAUAUUGGUGACUUUGUUAUUUUGUCGUUUUGUUUUCAGACUAACUGCAUGUAGCAUGAAACAUUGUUGGGUUUUGUUUGUCUGUUGGGGGGGGGGGAAAGUAGCUAUUUAUUGAUCUGUAAACGUCAGGAAUGGGGAUGUUUAAAACGAGGAGGGUAAAGCCAAGAUGGAAAAGAUUCCUUCCAUCUACUUCCCCUCCUAUACGGGUUUGUUACCGUUUCAGCAUUUUGUCCGUAGUGUCUGAACUAGAUUUCAACCAACCUUCAGCUUCACCGCCGCUCCAUUCAUGUUUGUGAGAAAGGUUUGAUCUUCACUUGGCCUUUUAUUUUUUCCUGGAAAUGUGUUAUGUGACUGCGCGUGGGUGUAUUCUUGCUUUCCGUUGUAUAAUGCCGACUUAAGGAAAAUAAAAUUGGAUUUUUCAUU